AUGGCUGCAAUAAACGGCCCACAAAAGCAAGAUGAAGACCAGAAGCUUGUGGGGAUGGGACUUCGUGUCUCCGUGUCCCCUGCACAAACUGCCUUUUACAUGAUCCUUGUGGUGCUGGGCAUCCUGGGUAAUGCCACUGUGGUUGGGGUGAUUGGUAAGAAUGUGAUUAUGGACCAUGGUGGAGGACGUAACUCAGAUAUCAUUAUCAUCAACAUGGCAUUGUCUAACCUGCUGGUGUCUGUGAUGAGGAACACACUGCUUGUUAUUUCAGACAUGGGACUUGAGCUGUACUCAUCCAAAGACUGGUGUCAGUUUUUGAUGGGUGUCUGGGUGUGGCUGCGGUCAGUCAAUGUGUGGUCAACGCUCUUCCUCAGUGCGUUCCACCUCCAGACUUUGAGGCGCGUGGCUCCCACUCUCGGGAACUUUCACGGGUCCCGGGGUGUUCCUAAGACCCUCCUGCUGAGUCUUGGCCUGAUCUGGCUUCUCAACCUUGUUUACGCCAUUCCUGCCCACAUAUUUUCCACUAGUGGGGAUGUGAACACCACAGAGACUCUGAUGCUGGUGAGCAGCACAACACGCCCCCUGCUGGGCUGUGUUUGGAACUUUCCCUCCAGCUACAGCGGCCUGGCCUAUGCCACCACAUCUUUGGUGAUCCAUGAGGCGAUUCCCAUAAUCUUGAUGGCUUUUACCAACCUGGGCUCCCUUUACACACUCCACACCCAUGGCAGGACGCGCAGUUCGGUGCAAGACGCGCCUGUCAUAAAACGGGUACCAGCUGAGAGACGAGCAGCCAAGGUGAUUCUUGCUCUCAUAAUGCUCUUCAUUGCAUCCUGGGGAACCAGCAUUAUCUCCGUCAACUAUUUCAACUACAACCGUGGCUCCUCGGCUGAGUUUCUUCUGGUCAUUGCUCGGUUUGCCAACAUUAUCUUCAUUGCCAUGUCACCUGCUGUUCUGGCAGUCGGCCACAGGCGGCUGCGUUCUUUCAUCAAGUCCAUGAUCUCUCACUGA